ACUAAGACGCGUCCCCGUUGCCCUCUGCGCGUGCGGCGACCUCAUAAUCUUGCGAAAAGGCGUGUUACUCCCGACAAAUCGAACGAGCAUCGCCCACACGAUGGAGGACGACCAACAGCAGUUCGUGCACGCCCAACUGCCGGUGCACUCGCAGUAUGACAGAGACAGACUUGAGUACGAACUCGUGGUUCGGCAGGAACCAAAGCAGGCUCGGAUGUGCGGUGUAGGAGCGGACCGUCGCCCAAUCGACCCGCCGCCUAUUGUUCAGCUUCGUGUCCUCGACCCCUCGCAACGUAGUCAAGGCGGAGACUCGCGGCCAAACUCACCUGAUGGUGCCGCCGCGAUGGCUGCGUCGCAGAGCUUCCUGCAGAACCCCUACUACUUCAUGUUUGCAAGCCUCGCAAAACCAGAUGAGGACGUCGAGCUACAUUGGCUCAAGGAUGGCAAAACACGAUGUACGACCGGUUCUGUCGUAUCCUCCCUGUACCACCUCAAAGACGCGGAGGCCGGUGGGACUGACGCGGGGUUCUUCGUCUUCCCUGACUUGAGCGUGCGGACCGAAGGCAGCUACAGAUUGAAACUCAGCCUAUUCGAGGUCGUCGGGAAUUGUGUCGACCAUUGCAAGUCAAUAUUUUCCGCGCCGUUUUAUGUGUAUACUGCGAAGAAGUUUCCGGGUAUGGAAGAAUCGACUGCUCUAUCAUGUUCUUUGGCUGAUCAAGGUAUCAAAAUUCGUAUUCGAAAGGAUAUCCGCGUACGACGGCGACCUGCACCAGGCGGCGAGGCGCCAAUACCCAUACCCAUUGCCGGACCUCCGCCUCCAGGCGGCGCGUUUGGGCCCGUUCCAGUGCGCCUCGAUGAUCCAAUGACGGACGAAGAACAAGGGCCCGACGAGAGGGAGAGGAGGCUCAGCAGCAGCUCUUCGAUCCCAUCAGUGCCUGUGCCCGAGAGGGAACCGCCACGGAGACCGGAUAGCGACAGGGAAAGCGACCGAGAAGAAACCCAAAGACGUAUCCCUGUGCGGCGCGAUUCGGCCCCUAACACGGCCAGUCGUCGAGGAAGCGCAAGUGAUAGAGGCUCAAAGCGGAGGAGAGGAGACAGCAGCACGUUGAGUAUUGGGACGAGCGUGAGCGGCGGCAUGGUCGACGGGCCAGAUGUGACCCCUAUCAGCGCGGGACCUUCGAGCGCGGGUACAGGCUGGGGCGCGAUUGAUCCUGCGUUGAGCGCGCCGUCGACCACCACUCAGCAAUCUCCUGCGACACCGACUUCCUCGUCCGCCGAGCAUCACUAUGCACCCGCUACCGUUCAUCAGUCCCCUCCCGCGGGAUACGAACAUCGCUAUUCUGCACCGCCCGCCCAGGCAGGCAUUCCCGCCCCGGCCCCCACUUCUGCUCCUAGCUAUUCAUAUGAACCCCACCAAGCACCGCCAACCGGUCAUCACUACUCUGCACCAGCAGCACCUCAUUCGUAUGCGCAUGUGCCGCCGCAGACACAACAGCAUCAUGCGUCUGCCUAUCCUUACCCACCACCGGCACCUGCUGCCAGACCUGGGCAUACGACCCGCCCCGCCCCGGCGCAUCACGCUCAGACACACCCGCCUCCGCCCCCGCGAUAUCCAGACUACCCGCCUUACGCCCAGCAGCAGGGAUACGGCGGCUACUACGAUUCGCCACAGCACCAGCACCAGCAGCCGCAUCACGUUCCUCCUCCGACCUCUCAUCCUGCCCAGCAUUCUUACCAUCAUCCUGGAUAUGGCCCGGCGCCUGCGCCGCCUUCUCCGAACUCCAGUCAGGCCCCUGCCCCCGUAUCCGACUAUUACCAGUCUGGGGCUCCAGCUGGGCGGACGGACAAUCGCUCCAGCUCGCAUGUACCGGCCGCAAGCACGGCCGGGACUGGAUACGCUCAAACAGCCUAUGCCCCCGCCCCGCCUCCUACGGCGCCGGGACCGAACCCGGGUAUACACCACCAUUACGGCGCACCCGCGCCUGUCUACUCCCAAUACGCCCAUGGUCCCGGCCAAGCCCAUGCACAACAGCAGUCCUCGGCCAGUGGGAGCCAGGGCAGUGGCCAAGCUGGCGCAAGCUCAAGCGGGCGAGGCCAUUACCAGCUGAGCACACCACCACAUCACCACCAAACGCAGCCGUACAGCGCGUACCCGCCUGCACCCGUUGCUGGCACCAGCGCGAGUGCUAGUGCGAGCGUCGCUACAACGGCGCCUGCGGAGACGGCCUGGGCGUACCCUGCUGCUGCUCCCGGCCCUGGCGUGAGUGCAAGUGCGUGGGGUGUAAUGCAGGAUGGGCCGUACGCCGCCAGCUAUGGCAACGCAGGUGCGCCGGGGCGCGAUGUCCACGGGCACGGUCCGAGAUUGGCGCCCUUGAGGGUAGGUGGAGGAGGCACACCCCCGCCUGGAUCAGAAGGUGGGAGAGGCGGCUCGAGCAAGAAGAACAAUCCAUUGAGCAUUGGCAACAUCAUCUCGGGAGACACAGGCUGAGGGCCUCGACGUCGUGCGGUAAGCCAUGACUGCGGUUCGGUUCGGUGGGAUGAAGGAGGAGUUUUGAGCGGGUGGGUCCUUGCUAUCGUGUCGUCGUGCUCAGUGUUUUGUUUUGUGGUGUUUGCACAUCUACUUGUACAUAGAUAUGUCGCUCAAAACCGGGUUCGUAUGGACUCAAAUUCCCGCUAGUUGUAUUCGUACCGUAGACUAUGUUUGCUCCAUGUACUCAAUCGUCUUUCUUGGCAUGUCUAUUGAUCAGUUGUAUAUCGUUCAGC